GGGCGGGGCGGGCCGCGCACCGUUCCGCCGCGCUCCGCCAUGGCCGCCGCCUUGCGCGCGCUCCUGCGCCCCGCCGCGCGCUCCCGCGGGCUGCUCGCGCCGCCCCCCCCGCCCCCCCGCGGCGCGCGGGGCUGCAGCGCCGGGCCCCCGUUCCAGUACCUGGUGGUGGAGAAGACCGGGGCGCGGCGGAACGUGGGGCUGAUCCGGCUGGAGCGGCCGCAGGCGCUGAACGCGCUGUGCGAGGGGCUGAUGGCGGAGCUGCGGCGGGCGCUGGAGGCCAUGGAGGGGGACCCGCAGGUGGGGGCCAUCGUCAUCACCGGCAGCCAGAAAGCCUUCGCAGCCGGGGCGGACAUCAAGGAGAUGCAGGAUAAAACCUUCCAGGAGUGCUACAGCAGCAGCUUCCUGGCCGGCUGGGACAAGGUGGCCACCGUCCGCAAACCCAUCAUCGCCGCCGUCAAUGGCUACGCCCUGGGUGGCGGCUGCGAGCUGGCCAUGAUGUGUGACAUCAUCUACGCUGGGGAGAAGGCGCAGUUUGGGCAACCUGAGAUCCUGUUGGGGACCAUCCCAGGCGCUGGAGGGACUCAGAGGUUGACCAGGGCGGUGGGGAAGUCACUGGCGAUGGAGAUGGUCCUCACCGGGGACCGGAUUUCAGCGAAGGAGGCAAAGGAGGCAGGCCUCGUCAGCAAGGUCUUCCCUGUGGAGAAGCUCCUGGACGCAGCCAUCGCCUGCGCUGAGAAGAUCGCCAGCAACUCCAAGCUGGUGACCGCCAUGGCCAAGGAGUCAGUGAACGCUGCCUUUGAGACGACGCUGGCGGAGGGAACCAGGACGGAGAAGCGCCUUUUUUACACCACCUUCGCCACUGCCGACCGCAAGGAGGGGAUGACGGCGUUUGUGGAGAAGCGCAAGGCGAACUUCACCGACAACUGAGCUCCCCACGGCUGCUCCCCACCCUGUCACCACUGGAUGGGGGGUCUGCAACCCAAGGGGAGACAGCCAGCAGCUGGGACCGCCUUUGCCAUCGCUAUUAAAAGUUUUCCUGGCGCUGCCAGGAGCUGGGA